GUGUUGUUGGACAUUUUACUCUUAUUUCAAGCUAUUUGUACUGAACGAGAAAGCAAAACCAAUUUAUUUUAUUAGUAUUCAUAUAGUAUCUCGUUCUGAUUCGAUCAGUUGUUGAUUUUCUUUUAGUAUUAUUUGUCGUUAUGGCGGAGUAUUCUGCAAUUCGAACAGGAAGACUCAAAUUGAAGGGGCAGAAGGAUCUCAAGCCAAUCAAGAAACAUAAGUCUAAGAAACGCACCCAUGAGGAAGCUGUAGCAGCAUCAGACAAAGAAGAUAUGAUAAAGCAUGGUGGAUGGUGGGCUGUGCAAAAUUUUUCACAAAUAUCAGGAGCUUUAGCAAUCGAGUUUGGCGAGCGAUGUUAUAUCAAAGCACUGGACAAUGGUUUGUUUGUAUUAGGACCACCACAUGAUGAAGGAGAUCCACCUGCACCCGAAGAGAUUUUUACAGCUUUCCCAGUUGGUGAAACCAAAAUCACGCUUAAAUCUGGAUAUGGAAAGUACCUUGGUAUUGACAAGAAUGGCAUAGUUGUUGGUCGAUCAGAUGCUGUAAGUGCUCUAGAACAGUUUGAACCUGUUUUUCAAGAUGGAAAACUAGCUUUACAAGCUGCUAACAGCAAAUUCGUUUCCGUUUCCCCGGAAGAUGACAGUUUUUACGCCCAGAGUAUCACUGCCGGACCGGAUGAAAUACUGAAAUUGCGGUGUAAUAAAAACCUGGAAGCAGAUAUUGAAAGCAAGAAAAAGAAUAAAGGACCUAUUGAGGAGAAGGGCAGUGUUGAGCAAAUUGAGAUAAACUACGUGAAGCAGUUUCAAAAAUUUCAAGAUAAGAAAAUGCGGAUUAAUACAGAGAGUCGCGAAGUUCUCAAAUCUGCAAAGGCCGAAGGAUACCUACACGAAGCCCUAUUAGAUAGGCGCAGCAAAAUGAAAUCUGAUCGUAUGUGUAAGUAAACCAAGUCAAGUAGAUUUUUGCAAGUUGGAAGGGUUUGACGUAAUAAAUGUGACGCGCAAUUCUUUUUGAUUGAAAA